GCUCCACGGGGCCUUCGCCUCGGACUUCGAAUCGGAGAUGUCGCAGAGGUACGAAGCCUAUGCGGAGCAUGAUGCGUUGGAGGCUCCUGGUGGCAAACAUCGCAUCAGGACCACCAAGGCCCAGGCGUUGCGCGUGGGCGCGCGGCGCUUGGCGGAGGCGCCGCCGAGGAUUUUGAGGCCCAAGGAUCCCUUCAGGCACCUUACUCCUCGGCUGCUGCUGCAGCCGCUGUCUGCUCGGGAGAAGUCAGCGCCUGAGGAGCUUGAUGCAAGCCACGAGGUUGCUGAAGGUGGUCCAGAGACUGAUGCGCCGGAUCUGGGAUGACAGAAGCCAUCGAUUUUUACCCCUGGAAGUUUAGCGACCAAAAAAGACUUGGAAACCUCUGGAAGAUGAGUUUCUGAACUUGG